AUGGGGGGUGCAGUUUCCGAUUUACGUCGUGAUAUCCAUAUCCAUGUUUUAUUGAGUCAGCACUCUCCAUUGCUCCUUGAACCUAUUCUUACAGCGGUGCAAUAUUUCCUCCAUAUUGCAGAACUUGGUGACGAAGGAAAUUCAAGUAUUGAAGAUGACAAUAAUUUUAUUGGCGCCAAACGAAUUGACAAACAAGAGACAUCAAUUCAAAUCGAAUUACUUACUGAAAGUCCUGCUGUGACUGAAGCUCUGCUCCAUGCAGUAUGUAAUUCCCACAAAUUACAAAUAUCGCGUCAGCAUUUCAAGCGAUGGUAUGAGCGUCCGUGGCGUCGAUUUAAGUCAAUAUCCGAGUUUCCACAUGUGUCUUUUGACCAAGUAGAGCAUUUUCGACAUGUUGUGUUACGUACAAGUCUUCGCUGUUUGUGUUUACUCAGUCGUAGUCAAGACGGUCGUGACCAGCUAAAAAACUUGAAUGGACUUGCAAUUCUUCAAGAGGUAGCAUUUGAGACUCAACUUGAUGAUGUAGUAAAGAAAAGUGUGGCAUUUCUAUUGUCAAGACUUUAUAGUGAAAACGACGUCGUGCAGCUUAUUGCAGUAAGCAACGUUACCACUGUUGUAAAAUUCAUGAAAGAAUAUGAAGACCAAGCUACUGUUCAAGUGGCUGGAAUUCAGAGAUUGGCUUCCUUGCUGGCCAAAGGGAUGACGCGCCAAUAUUCGGGACAUGACCAGAUAGAUCUUACAACCAUCGUCGAUCAUAAAGAAUUGAGACGCGGGAUUUUGUUUGAUGAAUUCGACACGUUUGAUGUAUCACCACUUGUCACAGAUACACUCAAUCGAUUUGAUGUUGAUACAUGUUUAGGCUUGUACAUUCAAGUAUGUCGCUUUAUCUCCUUAGUUGCAAUCGACAUCCAACAUGCCAAAGCUGUGGGACAAAAUGGUGGCGUUCAAGGAUCCAUUCGUUUAUUAUUAAAAUCACGAGCAAUGCAACGUGAGAAGAAGAUCCAUGUACUAAGUUCCACGACAUCAAUGAGUGCACCACAAACACAACAAUUAGCCGUACAACAUGUUACUUCUUCGUCGUUAGCCAAAGUGACUUUUACUCCAUCAGAAAUUGGACAACAAGCACUUUGGGCACUUGAUUCACUAGCAACUCUCGACCUGAAUAUAUCAUUAAUGAAGCUUCAUGGACUUCAAUACGUUUUAGAAGAAAUUUAUCAGGAUCCUGACCGAAUAGAGCUACAAACCAAAUUGAUUAUAACUCGAAGGUUACACCGAAUCCGAUUGAGAUGCAAUCCUCUACAUAAGUCGCAACGCAAUAAUUAA